AUGCCCUUGCUUGGCAGCAUGCUGUACAAUCCCGGAGGUCUUCCCGCAUUGUUCUUUGACUUUGCUUGGGGCGAGGCUUUGUGUUCUUCCUGGGUGUUUCGCUAUCACCUGUCACUCGCACUCGUCCGCGAUGAUCAAUUUCUCCAGCACGAAUUUGACAGGCGUGACGGUGGUGACAUGUUUUUCCACUGUGGCGAUUCUAACAGCUGGAUUCGCUAUAACAGUGAAUCCGAUAGGUUCCGGAGCAAUUUCGACGUAUGGCCUUGGGAAAACUUUACACAACAGGCGUGGAACAGCACAGUCGACGGCCUACACCUGGUGAAGUGGUUCAAAGACACGUUCGCCACUGCGACAUACUUCUCCUUCUACUUGCUGGGCAUCGUCGGCUCGUUGCUGGUCAUACUGACCAUUCGGCAGGACACGUACCGCAAGCGAAUGACGUUUCGGGCGCUGAUGACCGCUACGUCUGUAGCCGAUAUUAUAUACAGCGCCGUCGGUCUGCCACACGAAAACGUGUACGUUUCGUCCUUCGUGGUCACAUCCGUUGCUGUGAUGUACUUCACGUCGAUAUUCAGCGACUUUGCCACGUUGUUCCUGACAAUAGACCGAUACCUGUCGUUAAGGAGGCCGAUACUCUGGAACUCGUUGAGUCGUCGCCAGAAGUCGACGUUGGUCGUCACCGCCAUGAUGGUGUCGGCGUUCUUUAGCUGUUUGCGACUGAGUGAGUCGUGCAAGCUGGUGCUGUACAACUGGUCAUCCGUGAACGUCAACGUCAUUCAGCUGGACGGCGACUGUCAGCGUAACGGGCACCUGGUCCGCCUGUUCGUCGUCUGGGACGUCAUCAGCGAGGUCGUGUUGCCGGUGAUACUGUUCGGUGCGAUGGCCUGGCUGACCACGUCCAACAUGGCCAUGGUCCGUCGCCUGUCGCGC